CAUACUCUCGCAUUACAUUUUCACGACUUUGUGACUACUGUUUCAGGCGCCAAAUGUGGUUCCGACUUUUUUCGCUCACCGUUGUCGUAUUCCUUACUCUUGCACAAGGAAAUCAAAAGUACUACAAACGGCUCCAAAAUAUACAAUAUGUGCCGUUUGAAGAAGCCUUCGGUAGACAAAGGUCCGAACAGAAUCGAGUAUAUGGCGGAGGUUAUCAGAAUCCUUUCCCUUACCCGCAAACAGGGAUGAGAACGUGGGGUAAUAAUGGUCAGAGCACUGCCGGUUAUAAUGGUUGGAGCAACUUGGGUUAUAAUGGUCAGAGCAAUAUGAGUUAUGGUCAGAGCAAUGUCAGUGCUGGUGGGCUGCAGAACGGGGAUGGAGGUCAGAGCAAUGUCAGUGCUGGUGGGCUGCAGAACGGGGAUGGAGGGCGAGCGAAUUUUUCCCAUAUGCCAAUGUGACGUUCAAAUGGCUCACAAAAGUAUCUAUAUUAAGGGAUCCGUGAAGUGAAAAUCUACAGGUCUCCUCAACACGUCCAAUAAAGCAUGUUUUUGUUAAUGCCUACAAGUUU